CACUAUGUGAUUUUGUUGUUUCAAUUGCAGAUUUGCUAUGGAAUAGAGGAUAAUUCUCUGGGAACUUGCUUUCAGCUUGUGUUUGCACCAAUAGUCGAACAUUUUCCUGAUGAUGUGCCCUUGCUAGCAUCUGGAUUCCGUGUUAUGCCGUUGGAUACAAAAACAAAUGGCAUGCCAUCCACUCACACUUUGGAUCUAACAUCUAGCCUUGGAGCAUCUAGUAGAAACCAAUCUGCUGGAGAUAAUAAAUCUACCGAUUAUCACAAUACACGGUCAAUUUUGACAAUUGCCUUCCAAUUUCCUUAUGAAGCACAUCUCCAGGAUAGUAUUGCUGCCACGGCUAGACAAUAUGUCCGAAGCAUCGUCUCGUCAGUGCAGAGAGUCUCAAUGGCCUUAACUCAAGUACGACCUGGCCAUAACAUAGGGAGCAAACAACUUCCUGGCUCCCCUGACGCCGUCACUCUCGCUCAUUGGAUCUGUCAAAGUUACAAUCAUCAUCUGGGGAUGGAUUUACUGAGAAAUGAUGGUGGAAAUGAAGAAUCAUUGUUGAAAACACUCUGGCAUCAUCAAGAUGCUAUUCUGUGUUGCUCGUUUGAGAUGCAACCGGUGUUCACCUUCGCGAACCAGGCAGGGCUUGAUAUGCUGGAGACCUCCCUCGUAGCACUGCAGGAUAUCACCCUCGAUAAGAUCUUUGAUGAAGAUGGUCAGAAACAACUUCACUCUGGGCUUGUUAAGUUAAUGGAACAGGGUUACAUAUAUCUCCCUGCUGGUGUGUGCUGCUCGGGGAUGGGUCGUCAUGUUUCGUUUGAACAGGCAAUCGCAUGGAAAGUUGUGCGCGAAGAUAACAAUGCACAUUGUGUUGCUCUAUGCUUUGUAAAUUGGGCCUUCUUGUGAUACAAUAUGCUUGUCAAGGUUUUCUGAGUUAGGUUGGGGUUUGUAGGGCUCAAUUUUGAAUGACUACUAAAUCCAAAUGUUUGUGUAUUUGAUAAUGGACACAAUAGUAAACAAGUGGAUAAUUGAGUUGCUAUAUAGAUUAAUCAUUUUGCCAA